AUGCGUCUCCAUUCUUUGAUCACUGGUUUAAAUUUCUAUGAAAUCCAGCUCCUCUCUCUACUUGUGCAUAAUACAUAUCAUCUGUCGAGAAUCGCCCGCUUGAAGUACUACUCGCGCUGGUCGCGGCUUCGCUCGUUUCUGGAUGUGUACGUCAAGCUGGUCUCAAAUGAGGGAGGAAGUGUUAACAGAACAGGAGUUGUCAUCCCUUUUCUACGCCAGGCUGAUGUACCACGAGACAUGCAAGAAAUAUUGGCUGGAUCCGUUGGUUUGGGAGAUUACGCCGACUUUUACUACACCGUUUCAGUGCAAAUAGGCACUACGACAACUGCACUGGACCUGGACACAGGUUCCAGCGAUUUGUGGGUCAUAUCAGAGGCGUGUCAUACGAAGACCUGCCGAAGCUCGACCUCUCCUGCAUACUCUACGUCGCUGUUUGAACCCCUCGGUCCAAGUAUGAACAUCUCGUACGGUGACUCCAAAACCAGUACCUACGCUGCGGGCCCCGUCGGUCUUGACACAGUCUCUGUGGCGGGAAUUUCCAUGUCUGAACAACCUUUCGCGGCGAUCAACAGAACGAACAAUGCUGCGGUGUCUAAUGGAGCGGCUGGUUUGUUUGGGCUUGGUUUUCCUUCGGAGAGCUCCAUUCAGUCUUCUGUCAUUAACGCGAAGUUUAAUUCACCUGCUACGACUGAUACCUUGAUAUCCAACAUAGGGAAAUACGGGCCAUUUGUAUCUCGAUUAGUGAUGUCUGGUGUUAUUGACCAGCCCAUGUUUGCGAUCACUCUGCAACGUGAUACUGUUGACGUGAGUGGGCACGGUGCAAUUACGAUCGGUCAAUUGCCAAUUGGAGUGGACAACUCUUCUAUCACAUGGGUCCCAGUUCGUCUUUAUGCUCCUCGUGAUGGCGGUAUAAAACCCCCGACAUUCGCAGUCCACGAAGUCUAUCCCCUUCGCUGGGAAGCGCCCUUGGACGGCGUCUUCCUUGACGGUGUGCAACUUCCAGCUUCUGCUGUGCAGCCUGACGGUGUUUCUUCAUCGUCUACAUCCGCGCUCAUUGACACUGGAAACUCACUCAUUCGCGGUCCCAGUGAUGUCGUCACGAACAUCCUGUCCACCGUAUCCCCGGCAUACGCAUCGAAUCUCCAUUCGAAGGCGACGUUCCCGUGCACAACCCCGCAUACACUCGCCUUCAAGAUCGGCGGCAACAUGUUCUCCGUCGACCCGCGUGACUUCGUCGCACAGAACAAGUACGGAGACGCCAAGAUGUGCGUGGCGAGCAGGGUGGUUUCGACGGAUCCUCCCAGGUACGGCUCCCUUUUUAGCUGGAGCCUCGGAGUUCCAUUCUUGAAGUCGAACCUUGUGGUAUUCUACUACGGUAACUUGACGCAUCCCUCUGUUGAUCCCCCUCGCAUCGGAUUCGUGUCGAGGGUACCGGGCGAUGCGCCCACCUUACUCGAAGAGGCUGUUGAUAGGGCCCAACAACACAGCGGCAUUUUCUCGAGUACCCGGGAAGCGGCACCUACUGCGACCACGGAAAUUGGCGCUGUCGUCUUCUGCGUCCAGUACGCGCCAGAGCAUGUUUAG